CUAUGCUAUUAAAACGAAUAUGGCAAUAUUUUGGAUACGUUGAUAAGUGCACCACAGACAAUUUGUACGAUUUGCUGUGCGAAGAGGUUUAUUUAGCUAUUAAUCAAACGCUAAAAUCCAUAUUUUUUGUUUUUUCUAUAUAUAAAGUACAAAAUUUGAAUUUUGAAAACAUUGCCUGGAAGUAAAUAUUUUUCAAUAAUAUUUCCCACAGUGCAUAUUAUAGCCAUCUAUUUUCAACACAGUGCAUAUUAUAGCUAUCUCCUUUCAACACAUACAGUAAGUGAGUGGUGUAAAACUCAAACGUCAAAACAUUCGCGGUGGAUAUUUAUAUUGACUUUUUUAUCUGAAAAAAGUGCAGACGUCGAAAACAAAAUUGUAAAAUUUUUAUUUUUUAGUAAAGGUCAUAGUAAUUUAACUGAAACCAUUUAAAAAAUAACAAAAUAUGUAAUUGCAUUAAAAUGUUAUUGAAUUGUUAACACUACAUUUUGUGGAUCAUAUAAAAAACUUACUGUUAAAAAGUAGGUGGAAGGCGUUAGUUGUUGCUUAGCCUAAUUUAAUUAGUGUGUGCCCAAGCGUUAACAAGUUUUACUACACAAAAAAUUGUACACAUCGAUAGUACAUUAAAACGCAAAAUGCAUUUGAGCGCCGAUAUAUCGAGUGCUCUUCAGCAAAUUGAGGCAGUUAAGAAAGGCAUUGAUGAUUCUGAUGAUCCAAAGCUCCAAAUGCAAACAGCGGAGAGUCUUAAGACUAUAUUGGAUAUUCUUCAAGACCCAGUUUUCCGCACGAUUGUACACGUUCAAGACUCUCUGUCCGAAUUGAAUGCACAAUUGGUUCAGCAUCCAUCGAUGUUACCAGCUGACUUUGAUAUAGACGUUGCUGGGAAUUUGGUAUUGAGCGUUAACGGAGGUGAUGUUGUUUAUGAUUUCGAAGAGCGUUUAUCCUCUGGACCCUUAUCACCACGUUCUGGUGCAGUUAGUCCUGGUAGCGGAAAAAGAACAAUAAAUGAUGCAAUGAAUACUGCAGAAGCAGAAGAUCUAAACCAACGACCACAAUCACAAAAUUCAAAAUAUCCAAACACUAUUGAUAUAUCUACUGCCAAUUAUGCACAGGUUCAAGCUAUUGAACUUGUAAAUGAUGGAACUGGUUUAGGUUUUGGUAUAAUAGGAGGACGUUCAGUUGGUGUUAUUGUAAAAACCAUAUUACCAGGCGGUGUUGCAGAUCGUGACGGACGUUUACGUUCGGGUGACACUAUUUUGCAAAUUGGAGAUGUUAAUCUUCAUGAUAUGGGUUCAGAACAAGUUGCUGCUGUAUUACGUCAAUCUGGAACACAUGUACGUUUAGUGGUAGCAAGGGCAGUAGAACCAUUGACACCUCCAACAGUUAUACAAUGUUCUUUAGAAGCCGGAAGUGCUAUUGUCCCAGUUCGUGUUUUUGCUGAUCCAGCUGAAUUAGAACGAUACCUUAUAUCUACUGGAUAUCCGGAAAUAUUUGGUGAAAGUUCCACAGCAUCUACACCGCAAACCACAACAGAAGGUGAGCGUUUUGUGUAUCGAAAUGGCAAGUCGUUACAUUAUCCAACUAUGGAUAUACAUGAACUGCUUACACUACCAGAAACUGAAAAAUUCCAAGUAGAGUUAACGAAAGAUGCUAAUGGCCUUGGUAUAACAAUUGCUGGUUAUGUUUGCGAAAAGGAAGAAUUAUCUGGUAUUUUUGUUAAGAGCGUUUCUCCUGGGUCUGCGGCGGACUUGAGCCGUAGAAUUCGUGUAAAUGAUCGAAUAAUUGAAGUAGAUGGACAAUCCUUGCAAGGAUUCUCAAAUCAUCAAGCAGUUGAAUUGCUUAAAAAAUCUGGCCAAGUAGUUAAUUUACGUUUGGAGCGAUAUUUACGUGGUCCGAAAUAUGAACAGCUGCAGCAAGCUAUUGCAGCAAAUGACAAGGUAUCAUCUACCAUACCAACAACACCACAACGUGCAACUUUGUCAUCACCUCUAACACCUGUUGCUUCACAAAAAGAUGUUUCUUUAUCGAAUACAGGAAAACUACAUAGUACUGAACCACGUGAUAUGACAACUAUAUCGCCUAUACCAGCACCUGAUUCAUUUACUGCUGUUACUGGUUCAACAGUAGCAGCAACUACCACACUCAGUAGCUUUGGUUCUGGCAAAAAAUUAAUUUCUGUACGUGAUUCUAUUGAUGGUACACCAAAAAUAAUACCAACUGAUAUGCCACUUGUAGCUUUGGGUAAAUCAGAUAAUGAACAAAUUGAAUUCGAAGAACAUGCACAUGCCAAAAAUUCUACUUUGCUUGCACGUCACAAAUAUUAUGUUGAACCUGAUCUGGCGCCAGAAGUUGAACAAGAGAUAAUACGCAAAUGGAGAAAAGUAGUUGGCCCUGACGUAGACGUAAUUGUCGCUCAAAUAAAAAAAUUCGCUGUAGGUGGUUUAGGGAUAUCUCUUGAAGGCACUGUUGAUGUUGAAGGAGGUCGUGAAGUGCGUCCACAUCACUACAUACGAUCGAUUCUCGCUGAUGGUCCAGUAGGAGUAAAUGGUGUGCUUCGUUCUGGUGAUGAAUUGUUGGAAGUAAAUGGAGAACGAUUAUUAGGCAUGAAUCAUUUGGAAGUAGUCGCAAUUUUGAAAGAACUGCCAUUAGACGUACGUAUGGUCUGCGGACGUGGUAAAAACGCAUUGAUGCCCUUUUCUGAUGAUACACUUAAGAAGCUAAGUAGCAAUUUCGAAAACUUACUGCCCGCUUCUGAUCGUCUUGUUAAAGCCAAAUCGGAUGGUAGUUUGGCCACUGCUGGUUCAGUAACUGAUGACUCAUUCAGUAAACCUAAGUCACGUUCUUUGGAACCACUUACUGGACUUGCUAUGUGGGCAUCUGAGCCACAAAUUAUUGAAUUGGUUAAAGGCGAUCGUGGUCUAGGUUUUUCAAUACUCGAUUAUCAAGAUCCGUUAGACCCUAACGAUACGCUCAUUGUAAUACGUUCAUUGGUACCUGGAGGGGUAGCUCAAUUAGAUGGUAGAUUGAUUCCUGGCGAUCGCUUGCUGUUUGUAAAUUCCAUUAAUUUGGAAAAUGCAUCUUUAGAUCAAGCAGUUCAGGCAUUAAAAGGAGCACCAAAAGGUGUGGUGCGAAUCGGUGUGGCUAAACCUCUUCCAAUGACGGACAAUUCGAUAAGAGGUGUAUCUAUAAUAGCUAACAGUGCUUUGCUUACAGGCCCCUUAAAAGAUGAUGAAGCUGCUGAACUUGAAAGAUCCAUACAACUAAGAUCAGCAUCUACAAUGGCUGCAGAACCAGACUUAAUAUCUGAUUGGAGGAAAUAAGUCAUUUGUAACUUAUUAAUAAGAGCAGCUUGUAUAAUUCUGAAAUCACAAUUUGUUAUAAACAAUAUAAUCAUUUUGCUUAGGGUAGUAACAAUAUCUCAAUAGUUAAAGUUUACUUGUUGGAAAGUAUAUGUAAUUAUAUUGUUUUAUAAAACUUAUGACAUUCAAUUUGUUGACCGUCCGUAGAUAAAGUUUAGUUCUAAACAAACAAAAUGUUCAAUGCAAUUUAAUUUACAUUCCAAUAAUAAUUAUUGAGCGA